UGUAAAUGGUUGCCAAAGAUUUCUUCCGCUUAACUGAACGUGCCGUAAAAAGCCAGCGUUAUGUGUAUCUCAGUACAUUCGCUAUCAAUGAACAAACUAGUCGUUUGCGUGUUGUAUCUGUGGCUGCAGGGAGCAGAGGCUAAUACAGUUCGUAUUCCAGAUGAACACCGUCUACUGGAGAAGUUGAUGAAAAAGUAUGAGAGUGGAGCACGACCGGUCAUCAAUGCCUCAGACAGCGUUGUAAUCGAAUUUGGAAUGACACUCAUCCAAAUUAUCAAUAUGGACGAAAAACAUCAAGUCAUGGCAGUGAAUGUUUGGCUUGAACAUGGCUGGGUAGAUCAAAGGAUUCACUGGAAUCCGGAUGAAUUUGGCGGGCUAACCAUGAUACGCAUACCAGCUAGCAGAUUAUGGUUACCGGAUAUUGUGCUGUACAACAAUGCCGACGACUACACCACGGGUUACAUGCCAGCUAACGCUAUGGUUGCAAGCAGUGGGUAUGUUUUCUGGUCUCCACCGGCCAGGCUGAGGAGCUCGUGCAAGGUCGAUAUCUCGCUUUUCCCCUUUGACGUGCAAAAAUGUGCCUUGAAGUUCGGCUCCUGGAGUUACGAGAAAGCACAGGUCGACAUGAACAGCACUCGAGAUCAAGCUGAACUGCGGGAGUAUGUAAUCAACGGAGAAUGGGAGCUGCUGAAUGCCAGUAUGGUCCGCAAUGAAGUGAAAUAUCCAAUCAGUGAUAUCUCAGUCUAUCCUGAUGUAACCGUGACAUUUGUGAUACGCCGGCGCGUGCUGUACUACACAUUACACAUCCUGUUCCCCUGUAUUUGCCUUAAUGUUUUGAGCUUGCUGACGUUCUGCCUUCCGCCAGACAGCGGUGAGAAAAUUACCCUCGGAAUCACCGUCCUGUUGUCUUACUCGGUCUUCAUGCUUCUGGUUGCCGAUAAGAUGCCGCCGACAUCGGAAUUCGUUCCAAUAAUCGCUAUAUACCUAACUGUGUCAAUGGCAGUUACUUCUAUCUCGUGUGUGACGACAGUACUGGUACUGAAGAUCCACUUUGCAUCACCCAACCCCAAACCGGUUCCUGAACUGGCCAAGCGACUCUUCUUCAGUAAGGCAGAUUGCGCCCGCGCCAGAGAAACGUCUGUGUGUCUAGGCUCUCGCCAACAAAAAGAAAGUGACUUUUCCUUUAAAAGGCGAUCGGGUAAAUAUAGCGCCGAUAAAGGGGGUGUUUCUUCCAGAUUGUUAGGGGACCCUGCUCAGAAAUCUCCCAUUCACAACGGUUGCCAUAUUGGCAUUACUACCUCUAACAAUAACUCAGCCAAGCGCUUAGCCAGGCAGGAAUCACUGUCGGAUGACGAAUGCAUCGUAACGAGACAGGCUAAGAUCACCCCUGGGGAUCAAAUGGUCAAAUAUUUGCAAGGUCUGGUAAAGAAAAGAGAACUAGAAGAGAAAGUACAAGUGAUGAGCAGAGAAUGGAAACUGUUGGCCGCCAAAGUGGACAGUUUCUUAUUCUAUUUUUUCGGCGGUGGAAUGGUAAUUUCCACGCUGUUGCUGUUGGUUGCCGUUCCUUUCAGUACGUCAUAUAACUAGUUUUCUUACUACAUAUUCAUACCAUGUUGCUUUGCAUCUUGCUGUGCUUUAAGUCGUUAUAAAUAGUUCUCUAAGAUAAAAGGAACAUACAUCGUAGCAUGAACAAUACAAAUGGCACGGCUUGUGUUAGACACAAAGUGACGCAAGGAAACCACUGAAAGGAAAAUAAUAUUCACACAUAGAGACAAGCACAGAGGGGCCUACAGCCAGUAGGCUAAGGGGAAUGUAGAAAAAAGCUAACCGUUGCCAAUAAGAUAUUGUGCUUUGCACCUGAUUAUGUUAUACCGGACUGAUUGAGUUUUCAUUUGGAAAUACUGAAAAAGGGCAUACCGGAUUAUAUCUGAUUGCAUAUAAUGUUCAUUCCUCAGCUAAAUGAAUACAUAUCAUUAUUGUUAAUUUUAAGACGAAAAGAUGUAAUCGGCCAAUUAUUUUCCCUUAAUUUAUGUUUAUAUGAGUUAAUUUGAUUUUUGGUUUUAGCAGAUUCUUCCAGCUGUGCGUGCCACCAUUUUAUUCGUGUUUAUUAAUGAGAUAUGCAGACACUGUAUGAAUGUAAAAUAUUUUGUGUGCGAUUGUCUUAUGCAGCUUUCAUUUGCUGGGUCUCAUUAUUUCUC